AGAUGCCAAAAAAUUAAUCUUAGUUCUAACCGGCUUCUGCUGUGCAACCAUCUUGAUCUGAGAUAUGGAACAACUUGUGAAUUUAAUUGUUAUCCCGGCUACUCUCUGGAUGGACCUAGACAAAUCUAUUGUGAUAAAUAUGGAAAAUGGAGCAGAGCACUUCCUAUAUGUAAAGCCUCGCUGUGUCCCUCAAUUCAUCCGGGAAAUUGGAAACACAAAUGCACAAAAGGAUUUCAAUAUGGAAGUCUGUGCUACCGUAUAUGUCCUGUCGGAUUUGACAAGCCACCGGGAGAAAGUGGGGUCAUGUUAUGUCAAGCCAACGGAAAAUGGAGGGGGCAUUUUCCUGACUGUAAAGGUAGAUAUCUCAUAA